UGAGAUGCAGAGAAAAGAAUGACAAGGUAGUGGCAUUUUCACAGAUUUUAGUUAUUUUUUACUCUUUAAUGAAUUUAAUUUCAAUGUUGUACAGCUGCAACAUUAAACUAAGCAGGGAGGGCUCACUUUGAUACACUAGAUUAUGCACUGAUGGCCUCAGGCCCAGGGGAACCUGGGCCAGUAGCAAACACGGUACCUGUAUAGAAACAAAGAGGCAGAAAACUCGAGCCUUCACCAAGCUCAACCUCAGUAUUUUUUUCCUGUUUGCUCAACAUAGGAGAUACUUAACAAAUGACUUCAUACACUAAUCAACAAAAGGCACAACCAUAUGCUAUAGCAUCAGGUAGCUUUGUAUCUUUAAAUGUAAGAGAUAUUACAAUAUCCUCAAAAAAUACAUAGCAUAUAGAAGUACAUUGAAAACUGAAGCACUGUGAAAUAAACACGAUGAAUAGUGUCCUUGUUCUUCAGUUGCUCUUGAAUUACACAUUGACCAGCAGAGAAAAAAAAGAACAAUGAACUGUACUAUAUCCCCAAAGACGUUUUAACGCCAUUUUUUGACCCUUUACACUGUCUUCAUAUGUAUGUCUGAUACACACGUUUUCUCCUUUACAUGUACAGACCAUACAGUUUUCAGUAUCCACACACACCAUUGAUGAUGAUGCUGUUGUUUUACUUAGUCACUGUUGGUGGUGCUGUUGCCUAAGCAGACUUUGAUGUGUCUAACAUCACCCUUAUCACAAGUCACCGCCCGUCUUCGAAGGAAAUAGGCGAUUGUUGUGUACAUAUAAAGCUUUGGUGUGGAUGGAUUGCGUGGAUUUCACUGAAGACUAUAAAAUAUAUGGUCCAAACUGUAAGCGAGAUACGAGGCUUCUUUCCCUGUACGGAUAACUGCGUCAUUUUGGAUCUCUUAUUCAUGGAAAAAUGGAUAUUCUGAAGAGCAAAGGCGCUUCGCUGGAUUGGAGGGUCUCCAUUUUGCUUUUCUGCUUUGUUGCUGCGGUCCGCGGACAAAUUCGUUAUUCUAUCCCAGAGGAGAUGAGGAAAGGGCUGUUUGUCGGAGACGUUGCAAAAGACCUGGGCUUGGAUGUUAAAAGGUUGGUGUCUGGUCGGGCCCGACUUGUUAUAGAUGAUGAUAACCAAUAUGUCGCGCUGAACCAGAACAAAGGACAUAUCGUUGUCAAUGAAAGAAUCGACAGAGAAAAAUUAUGCGCCAAGAAAUCACCUUGUAGCUUUAGCCUAGAAAUUGUCCUCGAAGAUCCACUUGAAUUGUUUUCCAUUACUAUCGAAAUACAAGAUGUAAACGAUCACGCUCCUGCUUUUCCCAAAAAGGAGAUUAAUUUGGAAAUAAGCGAGUCAACACCCACAGGCACUGUGUUCUUGCUCGAUAGUGCAGCUGAUCCUGAUGUCGGAAUAAACUCACUGCAAAGUUACUCUUUAAAGGAAAAUCGUCAUUUUGUUCUCAAACAGCACACACGCGCAGAUGGGAGUAAAUAUGCUGAAAUGAUGCUUCAGAGUGGUUUAGACCGCGAGACGCAAAGCGAGCAUGCGCUUAUAUUAACAGCUGUCGAUGGAGGGGAACCGCAGAGGUCUGGGACAGUUAAGAUACAUAUAACUGUUCUGGAUGCAAACGACAACGCACCCGUUUUUACGCAGUCCGUGUACAAAGCAUCUGUGUUGGAAAAUGUUUUGCGAGGCACAGUUAUAGCCAGAGUCAGUGCCGCAGAUGCGGAUCAAGGUUACAAUGGUAACGUCACGUAUUAUUUCACACACUUAGAGGAGGAUUCGUCUUGUCCUUUUGAAAUAAAUCCCAACACUGGAGAGGUUAAACUCAUGGGUGACAUCGAUUAUGAGGUUUCUCCAAAUUACGAAAUAAACCUUCAAGCAAAAGAUCCAUGGGGUGUAGCGGGCGCCAGCAAAUUAAUAAUCGAGAUAGCAGAUGUGAAUGAUAACAGUCCAGUAAUCAUAAUGGCUUCAUACUCAGGUAAGAUUUCGGAGGAUUCUGCUCCCGGCACAGUUGUGGCGUUAGUUAGUGUCCAAGAUAAGGAUUCUGGUAAAAAUGGCCAGGUUCAGUUAAAUAUAGAAGAAAACCUCCCGUUCAAAAUUAAAUCGUCUCUCAGAAAUUAUUAUACAUUAGUGACGGAGCAAAACCUCGACCGAGAAAAACGUCCCCAGUACAACAUCACUCUUACUGCCACAGAUGAGGGCUUUCCUGCCUUAUCUAGCAGGAAAACUGUCUUUUUAGACGUCACUGAUAUUAAUGACAACGCACCAGCUUUCAGUCAAAGUGUUUACAGCACUCAGGUAAUGGAAAACAAUUCUCCGGGUGUCGCUCUAUUGCAGAUUCACGCCACUGAUCCAGACCAGGGCCAGAAUGCACGGAUAUCAUAUUUUCUGAUUGACAGCGAAGUUAACGGAAAUCCUGUGUCUGCGUAUUUCUCCAUUAAUACAGAGAGUGGAGUCAUUCAGUCUUUGCGUUCACUCGACUAUGAACAAGUCAAAGAGUACAAAGUACGAGUCAAAGCUCAGGAUGGAGGGUCGCCUCCACUCAGUAGCAACACAACAGUUGUUGUACAUGUCCAGGACCAGAACGACAACCCUCCUCAGGUGCUGUACCCAGUGCAGACUGGUGGCUCUGUGGUGGCUGAAAUGGUGCCUCGUUCAGCAGAUGUGGGCUAUCUGGUGACUAAAGUGGUGGCUGUUGAUGUGGACUCUGGACAGAAUGCCUGGCUGUCCUAUAAACUGCAGAAAGCCACAGACAGGGCGCUGUUUGAAGUGGGCUUACAGAAUGGAGAAAUAAGAACUAUCCGCCAAGUGACUGAUAAAGAUGCUGUCAAACAAAGACUGAGUGUUAUAGUGGAGGACAACGGGCAGCCCUCUCGUUCAGCUACAGUCAUUGUUAACGUGGCGGUGGCGGACAGCUUCCCUGAAGUGCUGUCUGAGUUCACUGACUUUCCACACGACAAGGAGUACAAUGACAACCUGACUUUUUACUUAGUCUUGGCUUUGGCUGUAGUUUCCUUCCUCUUCAUCACGUGUUUGGUGGUUAUUCUAUCAGUGAAGAUCUACAGAUGGAGACAGUCUCGCAUCCUGUAUCACUCCAGCCUCCCUGUCAUUCCAUAUUAUCCACCACGUUACUCAGACACUUUGGGGACAGGGACUCUCCAACACGUGUACAAUUACGAGGUGUGCAGGACGACAGACUCCAGAAAGAGUGACUGUAAGUUCGGCAGAGCCGGUAGUCAGAACGUGCUGAUAAUGGACCCCAGUUCUACAGGGACGAUGCAGCGGAUACAGAGUGACAAGAGCAUCCUGGAUGAACCUGAUUCUCCUCUAGAGGUGAGUCAAAUAUUUUAGCUUUUUCUACCCGGCUCAUGUGGUCUCUUUCUAUGUUUAGUUGCAUUGAUAAAAGCCGUAGCCCGACAUGAAGCAAUUUCCAGCACCAUGGACAGCACCUCGGUUGGCAUUGCCCCAUGGAAGUGUUUGGUCUGUUAAUGUCUUCACAAAUACACGUGUAAAAUUCACAGAUUCCUCAACGGAUCUCAUUUCAAGUUUGUUAUGCAGCUAUGUUAUAUUGCCUGAAUGCGUUUUGUGGAAAGCAAUGCUGUGGUAUUAAAUGUUUAACGCCACUUAUCUGUGAAACGUUUACUGCCAAGGUUCUGAGUGUUGUUGUAUUCCGUGAGCUCUC